AGCUUUCUCUAUCUAAAUUUUAGUUCAUGCCAUGGAUACUACACCAAUCGUUAAAACCAUUCAAUCAAAUGUGACUACGCCUUUAUUUGGAAAUAGUCGGAGUUAUGUCGACCCUCAUACAUAUGAAGAUCCUAACCAAGCCAUCCGUGAAUUCGCACGGGAAAUCGAUGCAAAUUAUAUAACAAUUGAAGCUAUAAUAGGCGGAGGUGAGUUUGGGGAUGUGUGUCGUGGACGUUUAAAAAUUCCCCCUAAUUUUGUUCAAGAUAUUGAUGUUGCAAUAAAAACUCUAAAACCAGGUUCGUCCGAAAAAGCGCGUUGUGACUUUUUAACAGAGGCAUCGAUAAUGGGCCAAUUUGAUCAUCCUAACGUUAUAUAUCUUCAAGGAGUGGUAACUCGUUCUAACCCCGUUAUGAUUAUUACUGAAUACAUGGAAAAUGGCAGCCUUGAUACAUUUUUACGUGUCAAUGAUGGGAAAUUUCAAACAUUGCAGCUAAUUGUCAUGUUACGUGGUAUAGCCAGUGGUAUGUCUUAUCUAAGUGACAUGAAUUACGUCCAUCGUGACUUAGCAGCUCGAAAUGUUCUUGUGAAUGCUCAACUUAUAUGUAAAAUAGCAGAUUUUGGAUUAUCUCGUGAGAUAGAAAAUGCUAGUGACGCAUACACAACUCGGGGUGGAAAAAUACCAGUUCGUUGGACAGCGCCGGAAGCUAUAGCUUUUCGUAAGUUUACAUCGGCAUCAGAUGUAUGGUCGUAUGGUGUGGUUUUAUGGGAAGUUAUGUCGUAUGGCGAACGACCUUAUUGGAACUGGUCAAACCAGGAUGUCAUAAAGAGUAUAGAAAAGGGUUACAGACUUCCGGCUCCUAUGGAUUGUCCAGAAGCAUUGUAUCAGUUAAUGCUUGAUUGCUGGCAGAAGCAACGUACUCACCGACCUACAUUUUCAAGUAUAGUAUCAACAUUGGAUAAUUUAGCCCGACAACCGCAAGCACUGCUAACAACAAGAAAUUCGCCCGAAAACGAUGGAUCACAUAUUUUAGAGGGACAACGUGGUCACAACAUUUUUAUAAGUACGGACUUAUGGUUGGAAAAUAUUAAAAUGUCCCGCUACUCACAGCACUUUAAUGAGGCUAAUUUGGUGACUGCCCAACAGAUAUCUCGAUUAACGGCUCAACAAUUAUCUGACAUGGGUAUAAUAUUAGUCGGUCAUCAAAAAAAGAUUUUACAUCAGGCCAGACAAUUGGAUAUUAUAAUUUAGGAUACAAGAGAAUUUGCAGAUGCAUCAUUGUAUAUACGGCAUCACUAUUAUUAAAAUUUCGUUCAAAGUAAUAAGUAUUAUAUCAGAAAAUUCCCCCUUAAACAUAAGACAUUCGUUCCAAUUAUUACAUUUCUUUUUUAUAUAAUGCGUAGAUAUGUAUAACCCACUACAUAAAUAUAUAUAUUAGAAAUAUUUGUACACAAAGCUUAGUUUGUGGAAACUUUGGACUUUUACUGCGAGUUUUCUCAAUGACUGUAAUAUAUAAAAUUUUAUGUUUUUUUCUUAAUUUGCUUACAUUAAGAAUUGCACUGCUUAUUUGAAACUGAAUUUUAGUUAUUAUAGAAACUAUAUAAUAAUGUGUAAAUAAUCGAAUAAUACAGUUGAAAUAUUGGUAAUAUUAAAGCGAAUUAUUUAAAAUGUAAAGAUUUGCUGUUAGGAGGCAAUUCUAAUUAGUUUUCUUGUUACUACGACUAACAUCUCUUAUUGGUUUCCCUCUUAAUCUAUUCGAAACAUUUUUUGUAAAGAAUAUGUUAUCAUAUGAAAUACGACUAAUAUUUUGUGGUGAAAAAUUAAUCUAGUAUAUUUCUUAAGAAGAGGUCAAAUUGAAUUUUAUCGAAAUAAAUUUCACCAAACUGCUUUAAUCAGCUUAACAUUCCUAUUCCCAGUCACCAAUCAAAGAAUAGUGUUUUGCAUAACACUCGAUAUCGGUAUUGAGGUACAUUUGUUCUAAAUUUUUUUCUCGAAUUUGUAUAAAAUUUACAAUAAUAUUCGAAUUUAGUACGAUGAUUUAAACACAACUAUAAGAGAACUAAGCCAUAUAUAUGAACCUAAUAUUAAUCAAAAUACGAUUACUGGUUUGCUUGCGAAUUAGUCAUUAUAUUCCUAUACCUUCGCGCAGAUUUUCUAUUGUUCAGAACUCUAAGAAUAUAAGUGUGAAUAUAAAUUCUAAUUCACAUUUUUGUUAACAUGCAAACAAAUAUCCUUUAUGAAGUUUGAUCUUCGUUGUUGCUGUUGGUCAUGUACUGCAAAACACAAACUGAAACCGUUGACGGAGUAACUUGAAUACAUUUGCCUCAAGCAUCUCUUUCCUCGCUAUCUCCAUAUAAAUAGGUCAUAAACAGUUUUAAUUUCUAAAAGUUUGUAAUUACUAUUGCUGUUGCUCUAGUAAUGUCAUAAACCAUAACUUUUGAAACCGUUGACAGUGUAACAGUACGCAUACUUGAAACAUCUGAGGUGUGAGGUCGUUUUAUUAUAUAAUAGUGUUACCAUGCUUUUACAGCAAAGCUGAUCAAAACAUAACGAUAAUGCUGUAAACUACAACAUUCCUUAAUUUUUUUGGACGCAAUAUAAAAGUAUAGUUAUUAGUUGCGCAGAUAAUUUUUAUGUUCAUAAUUGGUAUGCGAUCCUGCCUGAAGAAUCUCACAUACAUCGGUUGCUAGCCACGAUAGAAUCACUUGGAAAUCUCCCGAGAUGACAGUUCUUUAACGUGUAGCAAUUCUCGUUCGUUCCGAUUAGGUAAAUUCGAUUGUGUGGAAACAGACAGUUUUCAGUACUACUUUGUAGUGCAUAUGUACAUAACUGUUUUCCAAUUCCUCUUAUUUAACUAGAAAAUUAUUAACUCAAUAUUUCCAACUCAAAUCAAACUUCAAAAAGUUAGUAAAUAUAUUUUCGUGUACUCAAUUUGUUAAUUUUGAUCAUAUAUUAGUUCUCUUAUAUAGUAUAUAUUUUUUGGCCACAAGCUUCAAGUCGUUACAGAAUGGAAUGUUCGAUGAAGUUGAUUGCCACCUCUGAGAAAGGCUUUCACAUGUAUGCGCCCUUAAAUGCAACCUCAAUGUUUAAAAGUUAUUAACGGUUGAACUUUUAGUUUUUUCUUUGAAUAUUAUAACUAAAUGAAAAAUCAUAAUUUUAAAAUGCAGAGCUCAUUGGCUUAUGGGAAAAGUGCUAGUCUACAAAAACGGUCUAUAAGCAGUUGCGAUAUAUUCAUCGUCUAACAUCAAAAAGAAAAACCAAAACAGAGAAAACAGAAACUACUUUUGUCCAGCGGUAAAUUUUCAAUAAGUUCAUACUUGACGAGGAUUUCUUUGAGAUGUCUAUCAACCUACAUUACAUAGUAAUAGGAGAAAAAAAAUUUGCCUACCCUAAUGUAUGUAUAUCCAUACAUAUAUCUAUCUAUUCACAUAGGCGGUAUUCAGGUUUGCAUGUUCUCAUGUUUAAUGUAAUGUAAAAUUGUUCAAUCAAAUUGUGAUAUAAUUCAUUUUAUUUUGUGAAUGGAAUACUUCGUAACUACAUCGGCUUGGGCAGGCACGAAUUCGGAAAAGUAAACUGUCUUUGUAUCAUAAUUCAUAUUAAAUCUUUCUUGAAAAAGUUUGACAUAACAAAUUAAUAAAUUUAAAUACGUAUAAAAUAAAUUGAUGAUAAGAAGAUAUUAUGUUGCUUAAACAAUUGUGUGUUAAACAAGAUUUCAUAAUUUAUUGCAUAUAAUUAAAAGAAAACACUUCGGUUUGAUAUUAUUUAACUAUUUUUGACAAUAUGACCUGGUAGAAGCAAUAUGUGGGCUAAUUUAAAAAUAAAACUACCAUGCACAUAAGCACUUCACUAUUUUAUUUCCAACAUAUGAAGCCCCGCUAUGAAAAUCAAAAGUUAAAAACAUAACAAAUAAAACUUAAAAGGCAAACAUUUAUUUUUUGAAAUUAAUGAAAGAAAUAUUUGCAAUAUCGUCAAACUUGAAGAAAGAGGAAGGAGUAUUAAAAAGCAAUAUUUGAGUAUAGUAAAUUAAAUCGUUAGUUAUAACUGUACCCCCGUUUAAAUAUUUUGAACCCUGUAAUAAUAUGUAUAUGUCAACUUUAGAAAACAAUAUAUAGUUCUAUAAAUGAAAUCAAUAGGUAUUGUACUCUUGCACUUGACUCUUGCAAUUUAUCGUUAGAUGAUCGAGAACAGAACGAAUAUUGCUAAUAAAAUAUAUAUAAUAAAAGCAAUCCAUUUUAUAUCAUAAA